UCCGCUGCGCGACUUCACCUUGCAAUUGCAGAUGCUUGAACCCUAAAAUUCACAUACGAAUGUUCUUCGCUUGUUGCGCUGGGAUUUGACUCGGUUCUGUGCUAUUUAUUUGUUCUAUUCUUUGCCGUCGCUUGUUCUACUCUCUGCUGGAGCUAUUCUGUGUUCUCUUUCAUCGGUUCUAGAGGUGUUCCUGUUAAUCGGUUGUUCUAGUCUGCUGGUCGACUCAGGUUCUUUAUUCUAUCUAAUAUUCUUAAACCAUUGUGUUCUGUAAUCUGUCUGCUACUGCUGUUGUGUUCUUCGAUUCAAAGGAGUGUUCUUCGAUUCAAUCCUUUGAAGAGUCUCUGCUCUUGUGCUCUCUGUGUUGUGUUCUGUACUUCUGUAUUGUGUUCUUCGAUUAAUUCUUACCGAGGCUUCCGCAUCGUUACGCCUCGAGGCUUACGCCUCACCUCAAAUAAGUCAGCGCCUGCGCCUCAGUUUCCGAACCCGCCUUUUAAAACAUUAGUAGUACAGGCAGAGGAAAUGGUUAGAAGAUUUGGAAGAAGUGGGCAUUCUUCUGUUGUGGACCGAGAAACCCUUGUCCGUCGGCUUAAGGAUUGUCAGAAUAGGUACAGAAUACUUUAUGCAGACGAAAUUGUCAGCCAUCUCCGUUCAAAAUUCCCUGAUUACAGCCGAAUCAAACAGCAACCCUUCUCCAGACUGGUCAACCAAAUGAUACAUCAGGAAAACAGCAGAAAAACCAAAAAGCCCUCCCUAUCAACUUUUAAAUAUGACGAUGAAGAUGAGGAGAAACAUGAUCGAGGAAGUCGUCGUAAGAAGAUGAGGAAAACUGAUGAGAAACAUGAGAGAUUGCUAUGCUUUGAAAAUGCAUUCCUGAAAAAUAAACAACAAAGUGAUCAAGGUGGUUCUUCUAGUCCAUCAUCGUCAUCAAAAUCGUCAUCAGAUGAAGAGGAUGGAGCAGUGUCAACAUCUGAGGAUGCAAUUUAUGGGAUGAAACUGGAGCCACAAAUUGAUUUGUUGCAAUCAACUGUAAGAGAGAAGUACGUGGAAUUAGGAACACCAAAGUUGAAGGAAAAAGAAAAUAAUGUUGAAUUGGAGGUGGUGAGUGGGAAUAAUAGGGGAAACAAAAUCGAUUUGGCCAGUGGUGGGAGAGGGGGGGAGGGAUUGGUUGCAGAACCUAACAGAGAAGGGAAGAGAUUGGGUUCAACUGGUAGUAGUGGUGGUUCAGAGGUGAAGGCGAAGGAUGGCCCAAAGUUUAGGGAUCUGGGAGGUAUGGGUGGAGUUCUAGAGGAGUUAAAGAUGGAGGUGAUGGUGCCACUGUACCAUCCGCGGCUGCCACAGUGGCUGGGGGUGAGACCCAUGGCUGGGAUUUUAUUACACGGCCCACCUGGGUGUGGCAAGACCAAGUUGGCUCAUGCCAUCGCGAAUGAGACUGGUGUUCCUUUUUACAAGAUAUCAGCUACUGAGGUGGUCUCUGGUGUGUCAGGUGCCUCGGAAGAAAACAUCCGAGAACUUUUUUCCAAAGCUUAUAAGACUGCUCCGUCGAUUGUCUUCAUCGAUGAGAUUGAUGCGAUUGCUGCAAAGAGAGAUAAUCUACAGAGGGAGAUGGAGAGACGGAUAGUGACUCAAUUGAUGACUUGCAUGGAUGAAUCCCACAGACUGGUAAAAAGUGACAGUUCAAGUUCAGAGGUUUCUGAUCAUAGGCCUGGCUAUGUUCUUGUAAUUGGGGCUACCAAUAGGCCUGAUGCUGUUGACUCGGCAUUAAGGAGACCUGGACGGUUUGAUCGUGAAAUUGUUUUGGGUGUGCCUGAUGAGACUGCGAGGGUUGAGAUUCUUUCGGUACUUACUCAAAAUAUGAGGCUUGAGGGUUCUUUCAAUCUUAUGAAAAUUGCCAGGUCAACACCAGGUUUUGUUGGAGCUGACUUGGCAGCAAUAGCCAACAAGGCUGGAAAUCUUGCAAUGAGAAGAAUCUUUGACCAAAGAAAGGUUGACCUUUCUAGAGAAUAUACAGAUGAGGAACAUACUGAAGAGUGGUUGAAGCGACCUUGGUUGCCUGAAGAGAUGGAAAAGCUUGCCAUCACUAUGGAUGAUUUUGAGGAAGCAGUUAAGAUUGUUCAACCCUCGUCAAGGAGAGAAGGGUUUUCUACAAUUCCUGGUGUAAAGUGGGAAGAUGUUGGUGGGCUUGAUUCUUUAAGAGGAGAGUUUGAGCGAUAUAUAGUCCGGCGUAUAAAAUAUCCAGAGGAUUACCUGGAAUUUGGAAUAGACCUCGAGACUGGAUUUUUGCUUUAUGGGCCUCCAGGGUGUGGUAAAACAUUGAUUGCAAAGGCUGUUGCUAAUGAGGCAGGAGCUAAUUUUAUUCACAUUAAGGGUCCUGAACUGCUGAAUAAAUAUGUUGGAGAAAGUGAACUGGCAGUUAGGACAUUGUUCAGUCGGGCAAGGGCGUGUUCACCAUGCAUACUUUUCUUCGAUGAGGUAGACGCAUUGACUACAAAGCGUGGAAGUGAAGGGGGAUGGGUUAUUGAGCGGCUUUUAAACCAGUUGCUUAUAGAGUUGGAUGGUGCAGAGCAGAGGCGAGGUGUUUUUGUCAUUGGUGCCACUAAUAGGCCUGAUGUAAUGGAUCGAGCUGUCUUACGGCCUGGUAGAUUCGGAAAACUUCUUUACAUACCUCUGCCCAAUCCUAAUGAUCGUGGGUUGAUUUUAAAGGCUUUGGCUCGGGAAAAACCUGUAGACGUCAAUGUAGAUUUGAGUGCCAUUGGCCAAAUGGAGGCUUGCAAAAAUUUUAGUGGAGCUGAUCUUUCUUCAUUGAUGAAUGAAGCUGCUAUGGUUGCUUUGGAAGACAAACUUAGCAACACAUCAGGCAGAAGUUGUUCAGACAUGUUUCCUCAGACUAUAAAGAUGGAGCAUUUUGAGCGAGCACUUGCUAAAAUCUCCCCGUCUGUGUCAGAAAAGCAAAUACAACACUACCAUCGUCUGGCAAACAGCUUCAACGCAGCAUGAGUAAAAACAUUACACCAUCUCUGAUGUGCCAUAGAGCAAUUGCUGAAUGCCUAAAUGCUAGCAUUCCACAGGAAGAGGAUGAAGGACCCGUGUUGAGACUGCUGGUGAGCUCUUUAAUUUAAUACGAGUUAUCGAGAUGGCUACCUGGAUAUUCUGCUACUGAUGUGAAGUUGUCAUCUGGUCAUGAAAGAACUUCUAAAAUUUUCACAUGAAUUCUACCAGACAGGAGAUUUAUAAUGUUAUGGUAUGGAAUUUGAAUAUAAUAAAUUGAAUUCAAAUUGAGGAGGCAGUAGUACUUGUUG